UCACAUAUUUAGUUUGUGUGAAGUGUAGUUGUUUUAUCUCAGCUAAAAAGAUGGCAGGCGUUGUGAGAUGCUGCGUAGGCAUUCUAUUGAUGAGCAUCUGUUUCAGUAGCCACUCAACACUAGCAUCAUUUGACACAGUUACGGUGUUAAAGGGAGAUCAUGGGAAGAACAUCAACAUCCCAUGUGCUACCGACAAGCGUCCUCAGGAUGGGGUGUACAUGAAAAGGAAAAAACUACAUGAAACAGAACAACAGAAAAUCUUCUACUAUUACAAAGAUGGCACGUUUACUAAAAAAACAAAUGUCAGCGCGACUAUAAAUGAAAAAGAUUUCCCCAACCUCACUGCCACACUCUACAAUCUAACUGUCGCAGACACUGGACUCUACUGGUGUGAAUUUAAUUUUGAAGAAAAACGAAUCAAUAGCGCAGCCACAUUGUUAUGGGUGACAGAUGAAAAUAGGAAUGUUCGAGAAAAUUGUCAAAAUGGGAUGGUUUUCUAUGUGAUGACAGCUCUGUUUGCCAUAACACUGUGCAUCCUUGGUUUCUUCAGUGUGAAGGUGAAAAGAAGCUGCGAGUCUGACACUCCAUCAAAAAAGUCUCCCGACUCUUCAGUUUAUGAAGAAAUGACCAGAAACAGACUGGAUACUUCAUCCACAUUAAUAAACUCUGCGUACCAAUCUACCAAGCAAUUCCCACAAACACCUGCGCUUCAUCAGGGUUUUUAAUGAAACUUCCUUCAGCACAUGCAGAGAUGGCAUUUGUCUUACAUGAAUGAGAUUAAAAGGUGGAAAUGUGUUCAUCUAAAGUGCUAAAUGACAAAAUGGAAAAUGUGUCAAUAAGACAACAGAAGACAUACAGUAGUAUGUGAAAGAAAGAAUGUAUGUAUGGGAAUCUUUUUAUGUGUUCACACUUAUUUCAAUCAUUGCAGAUUGGGAUAAAUAGAUACUAGGUUAGAUUUAACUUUAUUUCAUUGACUUUAAACAUGUACACUGUACAAUAUCCAGUAUAAUGUAAUACAUUGAAUCAACAUUGAAUCAGUAGUGCAAAUAAAAAUAUAUACCUUAUAAAAAGAUUAUAUACAUUGUGGAAACACGGAUGAGAACGAUCAAAAUGGCAACCGUUUGUUUUAUUUUUUUUCACAGUAAAGUGUUGAACUAAACAUUGUACACGUGACGUAUGAGUCAAAUGUAGAUAUGAAAACAUCUGUAGCACUUGUUUUUGAUCUUGAUGUUUAUUUCUCAGCUUGGGUUUCCACUGUUACCCUUUCAUCUUCCUGUGGGUCUCUAAACUGUGGCUGCUUUGCAAAGAAACUGCUGUCAUGUUUUCCUUCCGUUUUUUAACCAUUUAAACCCCCAUUGCUUACAAGGUUAAGAGUUUAAUGUGCAAUACAGUACAGUACAGUAACUAAAUCACUUUUCCCUUUUGAAAAGUUGCAUGUUUUUGAUGAUUGUUUCUUUAACCAGAAUGUUUUGUUAAUGUUUUUUAUAAUGUCUGUUCUCCAUUUUUAUUCAUUUGUAUUUUAUGAAUCGUAAUAUUGCAACGUUAUUGAUGCAAUGUCAAAACGUGUUAACAAUGUAACAAAACCAGUAGAUUUGCUCUUACUAACAAAUCCAUGUCAGAAUUGUCACCUUUU